AUGUCAGGAGAUGGGCUUGUAUUUGAGGUGAUCAAUGGUCUUAUGUCACGUCCUGAUUGGCGGAAGGCUCUGAAAAUUCCUAUUGGUUGCAUUCCGCAGGUUCUGGAAAUGCUCUCUGCUAUGCAAAACAAAUGCAUGUAUUCCUUCCUUUCUGUCACUUGGGGAAUCAUUGCAGACGUUGACUACGAGAGUGAAAAAUACCGUCGUAGCCUUGGCUCCAAACGCUUCUUGGUACUUUUCGCACAACGAAUCUUUGAUCUUCGUUCCUAUCGAGGUCGCCUUUCAUUCCUUCCAAUAAUUGCCUUUCCAGACAAUUCCAGUGGUGAGGAUGCCAAAGUUCGUAAACUCUCUCGAUUAGUGUUGGACAGUAACCCAGGUAGCUGUGAAAACAGCCUCAGUGGUAGUGAGUGCCAGUUGGACGGAAUGGACGAUUGUAACUGGCCCUCGGGAAAUGGUCUUCCAAAACGGUCUUACACUUUGCCAGAAGGAUUUAAUCUUCAAGAUAAAAAUGAAGACCUUGAUAAUUUGCCUCGAAAUUCUCGUCACCACUCUGAAAACGACCUCUCCAUGGCACUUGACCAUUCAAGUCAUCGAAACCUCAGUUUUAACUCCUGUCAUGACGUUUCCAAUAGCAGCUACUUGAUUCGCAAUGGAAACACAGUGUCCACGUCUGAACCUUUUCAGGAGACAUCCACCACUCGCCAUAGCAAUAGUUGCCAUACUGCUCAAGAGUGUGUCCAUCUAAAGAGCCAGCAGAUGGUCACUGCCGAUAAUGUGAUAAUCAGAGAAGAAACGAUGACUGUCCGAAAAGGAGAGUUUGUACCGACUCCUCUCUUGCCGCCUCUUGAUGAGGAUGUACCUUCAAAAUGGGUUGUGAUUGAAGACAGUUUUAUUUCCAUGUCAGCCUCCUACCAGACGCACCUUGGCGCAGAUUUUCUCUCUGCACCUGACAGCAGAUUUAACGAUGGAAUAAUCCAUCUGCAUUUCAUCCGGGCAGGUGUUUCUCGGAAUAGUCUUAUUGGGCUUUUCCGGGCCUUAGAAGAUGGUUCACAUGUGGACUCUCCGUUUGUGGAAUCUUUUUGCCUACAUAGGAAAAUUUUUUACUUCUUUUAUCUUUUUCUUUCUUCUUUCUUUCUUUCUAUUUUCUUUCUUCUUUCUUUCUUUCUAUUUUCUUUCUUCUUUCUUUCUUUCUAUUUUCUUUCUUCUUUCUUUCUUUCUAUUUUCUUUCUUUCUAUUUUCUUUCUUUCCUUCUAUUUUCUUUCCUUCUAUUUUCUUUCUUUUUUCUUUCUUUCUUUCUUCUUUCUUUCUUUCUUCUUUCUUUCUUCUUUCUUUCUUUCUUCUUUCUUUCUUUCUUCUUUCUUUCUAUAA